AAGUUUCAGCCGUCCCUGUGGCCAUGGGAUUCAGUGAGGAACAACCUGAGGAGCGCCCUGACUGAGAUGUGUGUGCUCUACGAUGUUCUUAGUAUUGUCAAGGAUAAAAAGUUCAUGACUUUAGACCCAGUUGUGCAGGAUCCCCUUCCUCCAAAACAGAAUCCUCAGUUUCUUCAGUUGAUUUCAAAAAAGAAGUCAUUAGCUGGAGCAGCUCAAAUCCUGUUGAAAGGUGCAGAGAGAUUAUCCAAAUCGGUUGCAGAAAACCAGGAAAAUAAGCGACAAAGAGACUUCAACUCUGAACUGCUAAGACUGAGACAACACUGGAAACUGAGAAAAGUGGGAGACAAAAUUCUUGGUGAUCUGAGCUACAGAAGUGCAGGUUCCCUUUUUCUUCAUCAUGGCACAUUUGAAGUGAUAAAGAACACAGACAUUGAUCUGGAUAAAAAGAUCCCUGAGGAUUACUGUCCUUUGGAUGUUCAAAUUCCAAGUGAUUUAGAGGGAUCGGCCUAUAUCAAGGUUUCUAUUCAGAAACAAGCUCCAGACAUUGGUGACCUUGGGACAGUCAAUCUCUUUAAAAGACCCAUGCCAAAAUCAAAACCAGGUUGGCAGACAAAGCUGGAGACUGCACAGAAUGUUCUUUUAUGCAAAGAAAUUUUUGCCCAGCUGUCACGAGAAGCUGUUCAAAUUAAAUCACAAAUUCCUCACAUUGUUGUGAAAAAUCAGAUAAUCUCCCAGCCUUUCCCAGGUUUGCAGUUGUCCAUUUCUCUGUGUCACUCUUCCAAUGACAAAAAGUCGCAGAAGGCUGCCUCGGAAAAACAGAAUCCAGAGGAUCAUCUCUAUGUUCUCGAACAUAAUUUACACCAGCUGAUCAGAGAGUGUCACAAGCAAACCCUGAGCUCAACAGUGAUGCCACAUCCAGCUAGUGCACCUUUUGGCCACAAGAGAAUGAGACUGGCAGGACCCCAGGCUUUUGAUAAAAAUGAUAUCAGUUCUUUACAGUCAAAUGAAGGACUUCUGGAAAAGAUAAUAAAGCAGGCAAAACAUAUAUUUUUGAGACGCAGGACUGCUCGAACCAUUGACAGCCUGGCCAGUCGUAUUGAGGAUCCUCAGAUUCAGGCCCACUGGUCCAAUAUAAAUGAUGUUUAUGAAUCCAGUGUUAAAGUUCUGAUAACUUCUCAAGGAUACGAACAGAUCUGCAAAUCCAUUCAACUACAGCUGAACAUUGGAGUUGAGCAGAUCAGAGUUGUGCACAGAGAUGGAAGAGUUAUUACAUUGUCUCACCAAGAGCAAGAACUGCAGGAUUUCCUUUUAUCUCAGAUGUCACAGCACCAAGUACAUGCAGUUCAGCAGCUUGCAAAAGUUAUGGGAUGGCACGUGCUGAGUUUCAGUAACCACGUUGGUCUGGGGCCUGUGGAGAGCAUUGGCAACGCAUCAGCGAUAACUGUAGCAUCGCCAAAUGGAGACUAUGCCAUUUCAGUACGUAAUGGUCCGGAGAGCGGCAGCAAAGUUAUGGUUCAGUUUCCACGGAGUCAGUGCAAGGAUCUCCCCAAAGGUGAUGUCCUGCAGGACAACAAGUGGAAUCAUCUUCGUGGGCCGUUCAAGGAGGUGCAGUGGAAUAAAAUGGAAGGGCGUAACUUUGUGUAUAAAAUGGAACUCCUCAUGGCUGCCCUGACUCCGUGCUAAAAAUUCAUCAGCUUCUCUGUGGGGUUUCUGAAGCGUCGCUGGGCUGCCAGUGAUCACUGCCUGUGCAGCAAAGGGAAGUGGAACGUAUGGGGCAACACAAGAAAGCAAAACCAAAUUUAUUUCCUGUGCAGAUAAGUCUGUUGUAGUGUUUGUAAUAAAACUUUUUUCAAUGACAUAUAAAGUAACAGCUCUUUGAAAAAGUUCCUUUCACCUGGAUCUU